AAGCCAUCACAAAACAAUCAAAAUGUUCAAACUCUUCGUUUUCUUGGCCGCCCUCUUGGCUCUUGCCUUGGCUGAACCCAAAGCCGCUCCUCAAUUCGUCUAUGGAGGAUACACCGGUUUGGGAUACGGUGCCUAUGGAUAUGCCCACCCCUACGCCUAUGGUGCUUUGGGAUAUGGAUACAUCUAAGGAUCUAAGUGUUUGAAUAGUCGAAAUUCCAUCCUAUGACUUUCUGGUUGUGACUGUUGGUUUAAUAAAUUUUAUCAAAAGUUAA